CAUCACGAUCUACCGCAGGCCGUCCUCUUGUGGUGGUGCCAAUGUUGUCACUGGAGCUUAUCACCUGCCUGUCCAGCUGAACGGUCGGGGAAUUGCAUCCAGGGCAAGAACAGUGAUUCUUUCGUUGCUACGUACUCGUCACCACGGUAGUAUAAUCGAAUCACAAGAAUGGCUGCUAGCAGUCUGCACAACGAGUGCCGGGUCGGCUAAGCUAUUACCGUGGAUUGAUGACUGUGUUGGUUUGUGUGGGUCAUCUUGGGCCUGCUCUUAUAUGUUUGAGAUAUGAUGACGCGAGUGAUUCGCUCUUCUAUUCAUGUCCUCUCGUUUGUUUUUCGAAAAUUUGACAACCUCAUAUCCGAAGCACUGACUGUCUUCGUUCCUUUUGAGAGGUACAAAGGCUAUUCGAAGCGUCGUACUUGGACACAAAGCAUAACCAAUAGCAACAAUGAAUCCAUCAAUGGCUAGCAAGACCGUUCAGUCACUACGAGGGUUUGCCUGCGAUACAUCGCUCCUACGAUCGACUCAGCGUCCACAACUUCAUAGUGAAAGCAGCGUGAUUUCUCAUCAACGGAGACAUAUCACCAUCAAGCAACUCGAAGCAGCCAAGAAUGAUCGUACUCGGGUCGUCAUUCUCGGAUCUGGCUGGGCAGGGUAUACGCUUGCGCGAAGCCUCAACCCAAAGAAGUUCCAGACCGUGCUUGUAUCUCCUCGCUCAUACUUUGUCUUUACUCCUCUACUUGCUUCGACCUCCGUCGGUACUCUGGAGUUCCGCACCGCACUGGAGCCCAUUCGAUCUCGAAGCAGUACAUACGACUACAUCCAAGGACGAGCCGAUGCUGUUGACUUUGGUAAAAAGGAAAUCAUGGUUCGGGAGACGGUGCGAGAUCCUAACCUCGGAUUACUUCCGGUCCGGGCUGGCGAGGAGCGUGAUGAACGACCCAUUGAGAUGCGAAUUGAAGCCAGCCGUGGUGAACUCUUUUCCAUGUCUUACGACAAACUCAUUGUCAGUGUGGGCAGCUACAGUCAGACCUUUGGCAUACCUGGAGUGAAAGAGAAUGCCUUCUUUCUCAAGGACGUGCAAGAUGCGCGCAAGAUCCGGAAUAAAUUAUUAUCGUGCUUCGAAACCGCUAGUCUGCCGACGACUCCUCUCGCAUUGAAAAAGCAGCUCCUUAACUUCGCCAUUGUUGGUGGCGGACCGACCGGUAUUGAAUUCUCUGGCGAGCUCCGUGACAUUGUGCGAGAAGACCUCGGACACUUGUAUCCGCAAUUGAAAGAACACGUCCAAAUCACUGUUUACGAUGUCGCCGAUAAGAUUCUCCCGAUGUUCGACGAGAAGCUCGGACAAUACGCCAUCGAUCAUUUCAAUAGCGAAGGAGUCACGAUCAAAACGAGCCAUCGCAUCAAGGCCCUUCGCCGUGGUUUGCCAAACGUUACCGGAAGUGGAACCACAAAUGAUGACGUCAAGGCGAGUGGCUUUACACUUUCACUCGAGAAUGGAGUCUCAUCUGAAGUCGGCUGUGGUUUCGUGGUUUGGAGCACCGGCCUGAUGAGCAAUCCCUUCGUGGAGAAAGCGCUCGGCGCCUCUUUCUCCGCGCCUGCCAAUUGUGUGCGUCUGCUUACGGAUUGUGAUGCCAACCCCGAUCCGGCGACGACCUCGGGAACCUGGAGUGUUCAGACCCACCCACGAACUGGUAGUGUGAUCACAGAUGACUUCCUGCGAGUUCAACUAAGUGCAAGACCAUCAGCGGUCAUGAAAAGUAAUCUCGAUCCCGCCUCGAAGAAUUCCCAGUCACCAACCGAAGACAAGCAGCCGCAGUCGACGGCCAUGCUGCGGGACGUGUUUGCGCUCGGCGAUUGUGCGAUCAUCGACGGGACUGAAUACCCUGCUACAGCACAGGUUGCUUCACAGAAGGCGACGUGGUUAGCCCGGAAACUCAACAAAGGCGACAUCAACACGCGAGGAUUCUCAUUUGCCAACCAAGGAAUCAUGGCGUACAUCGGCAAAUGGAAUGCGAUCGUGCAAUUAAACAAAGGCAGUCUCAGUGGGCGGACGGCUUGGCUGAUGUGGCGAGGUGCUUAUCUAGUCAAGUCGAUCUCAUGGCGGAAUCGCCUGCUCAUUCCCAUGUAUUGGACUUUGAAUGCCCUGUUUGGGAGGGAUGUGUCGCGGUUCUGAAGGGCCUCCGCAAGCGUCAAUAACAGGCAUCGAGGAGGAGGAGGAGGACAUGCAGAUAGCAAGUGCAGAUUCGACGAGGACGAAGAACAAUUGUCACUUGGGCAAUUUUCAGAAAGUCUUUC